UGACACGUGACGUGUAACCAACAUGGUGGCGCUGAGUUGAGGCUGGACGGGCAGCUUGGCUUUCGUUAGCUUCGCUCGUCACCUGCUCUUAGGCAGGGCCAGGCCGGUGAUGACGGCCUGAGAGCGCAUCGGUCACACGGUCGAGAGAUGCAGGAACAGCAACACAAGCCGCCACCGCAGCAGCAGCAGCACGCGCAGUCAGAAAACAGCAGGACCAAGAGCAUGUUUCUGUCCAGGGCGCUGGAGAAAAUCCUCUCUGACAAGGAGGUGAAGAGGAGCCAGCACUCCCAGCUGCGCAAAGCCUGUCAGGUGGCGCUCGAUGAGAUCAAGGACGAACUGGAAAAACAGAAGGAUGGUUCAGUGGUCCCACCCAAAGCAAACUACAUCGAGGCGGACAAAUAUGUGCUGCCCUUCGAGCUCGCCUGUCAAUCAAAGUCACCCCGGAUAGUCAGCACCUCCUUGGACUGUCUGCAGAAGCUGAUUGCGUACGGUCACAUCACGGGCAACGCCCCGGAUAGUAAAACCCCGGGGAAGAGACUGAUCGACCGGCUGGUGGAAACCGUCUGCAACUGCUUCCAGGGUCCGCAAACCGACGAGGGCGUCCAGCUACAGAUCAUCAAGGCCCUGCUCACGACCGUGACGUCCCCACACAUCGAGAUCCACGAGGGCACGGUGCUCCUCACCGUCAGGACCUGCUACAACAUCUAUCUGGCCAGCCGUAACCUGAUCAACCAGACCACGGCCAAGGCCACGCUCACGCAGAUGCUCAAUGUGAUCUUCGCACGAAUGGAGAACCAGGCCGCCCUGGAGGCUGAGGAGCAGGAGAAGGAGCGUCUGUCUCUGCCUCAGCAGAACCCGUCCCCGGUCCCGGGCAGCCGGAGGUCCGGCUCCCCCAGGUCUGACCGGACUCCUACCCCUGAGCCUCAGAGCUCGCCGUCCCCUGGAGACAGUAACUCGGACGUGGUCGCCACCCGCUCCACGCCCCCACCGCCAGCUUCUGACCAAGACACGCCAUCAGUCAACGGAGAACCUGGCGGUGGCGGAUCAGAACAGCUCACACCAUCGAGAGAUUCAAUUUUUGAAGAUGAAGGUGUCGAGGUGCCUCCUACAGCAGAUCAAGAAGACAAACCAGGGGAUAACUCGGACCCAACAGAACCUGCAGCACAGGAAGGAGAGCAUCAUUCUAGAGAAAUGAACCACGAAACAGGCGGAGAACAUGUAGAUCCUCCUGUUCCUGAGCAGACGGAGGUGGUUCCCCACAGAGUCCGAACAGAGGCUCAGCAGAUGAACGGCAUCAUCGAGGACCGCUCCUCCAUUUCCUCCACAGACAUUCUGGAUGCUGACGGACUGCAGGGACCCCACAGCGCAGCUCGCUUCUCUCACAUCCUGCAGAAAGAUGCCUUCCUGGUGUUCCGCUCCCUGUGCAAACUCUCGAUGAAGCCUCUUGCUGAUGGACCUCCAGACCCCAAGUCUCAUGAGCUGAGGUCAAAGGUCAUCUCCCUGCAGCUGCUGCUGUCCGUGCUGCAGGGUGCAGGGCCUGUGUUUCGCACCCACGAGAUGUUUGUGAACGCCAUCAAACAGUAUCUGUGCGUGGCACUGUCAAAGAAUGGCGUCUCCUCUGUCCCCGAGGUCUUCGAGCUCUCUCUCGCCAUCUUCCUCACCCUCCUGUCCCACUUCAAAGUCCACCUGAAGAUGCAGAUUGAGGUGUUUUUCCGGGAGAUUUUUUUGACCAUUUUGGAGACGUCCACAAGCUCUUUUGAGCACAAGUGGAUGGUCAUUCAGACUCUAACACGCAUCUGUGCAGAUGCCCAGUGUGUGGUUGAUAUCUACGUAAACUAUGACUGUGACUUGAAUGCUGCUAACAUCUUUGAGCGUCUUGUCAACGACUUGUCCAAGAUUGCUCAAGGCAGGAGUGGUCAGGAGCUCGGGAUGACUCCUCUGCAGGAGCUGAGUUUACGUAAAAAAGGCUUGGAGUGUCUCGUGUCCAUCCUCAAAUGUAUGGUGGAGUGGAGCAAAGACAUGUACGUGAAUCCAAACCUUCAAGCUAACCUUGGUCAGGAACAUCCGUCUGACUGUGAGGGAGGAGAGCUGAAGCUCCCGGAGCAGAUGUCAGGGCGUCGAGACAGCAUCAGCUCGCUGGACUCUUCCUAUUCCAGCGUCCCCGCCUCCCACGCCGAUCACCCGGAGCAGUACGAGGUUAUCAAACAACAGAAGGAGAUCAUCGAGCAGGGCAUCGAUCUAUUCAACAAGAAGCCGAAGCGUGGUGUACAGUACCUGCAGGACCAGUGCAUGCUGGGAUCCACGCCUGAGGACAUCGCUCAGUUCUUACACCAGGAGGACCGACUGGACACGACGCAGGUUGGGGAGUUUCUUGGUGAGAAUAACAAGUUCAACAAAGAGGUGAUGUACUGCUACGUGGACCAGCUGGACUUCUGCGGCCGGGACUUUGUUUCUGCUCUGAGGACGUUCUUGGAAGGCUUCAGGCUGCCGGGGGAGGCCCAGAAGAUUGAUCGGCUGAUGGAGAAGUUCGCUGCUCGGUACCUAGAAUGCAAUCAGGGACAGACCUUGUUUGCCAGCGCGGACACUGCAUACGUGUUGGCAUACUCCAUCAUCAUGCUCACCACAGACCUGCACAGUCCUCAGGUGAAAAACAAAAUGACAAAAGAGCAGUACAUCAAAAUGAACCGAGGCAUUAACGACAGCAAAGAUCUGCCUGAGGAAUAUCUCUCGUCGAUAUACGACGAAAUCGCAGGCAAGAAGAUCGCCAUGAAGGAAAGCAAAGAGUUUUCCAUCACCCCGAAGUCCAACAAGCAGAAUGUGGCCAGUGAGAAGCAGCGCCGUCUGUUGUACAACAUGGAGAUGGAGCAGAUGGCGAAGACCGCCAAAGCUCUGAUGGAGGCCGUCAGUCACGCUCAGUCACCGUUCUUUAGUGCUACACACCUGGAACACGUCAGGCCCAUGUUUAAGCUUGCAUGGACCCCUUUACUGGCAGCCUUCAGUGUAGGUCUGCAGGAUUGUGACGACCCAGAGGUGGCCUCGCUGUGUCUGGAAGGCAUUCGAUGCGCCAUCAGGAUCGCCUGCAUCUUCAGCAUGCAGUUGGAGAGAGAUGCGUACGUUCAAGCCUUAGCCAGAUUCACACUGCUGACAGCCAGUUCCAGCAUCACAGAGAUGAAGCAGAAGAACAUUGACACCAUUAAGACCCUGAUCACCGUGGCCCAUACUGAUGGAAACUACCUGGGGAACUCCUGGCAUGAGAUCUUAAGGUGUAUUAGCCAGCUGGAACUUGCCCAGCUGAUUGGCACAGGGGUGAAGACGCGCUACAUCUCAGGGGUGGUUCGGGACAGGGAGGCCACCAUCAGGGGCUUACCUCCUGGUACUGAGGAGUUUAUGCCCCUGGGUCUGGGAAACCUGGUUGGAAAUCAGGACAAGAGACAGAUGGCUCACAUUCAGGAGUCCGUAGGAGAGACCAGCUCUCAGAGUGUGGUGGUGGCUGUUGAUAGGAUCUUCACUGGUUCCACAAGACUAGACGGAAAUGCUAUUGUGGACUUUGUCAGAUGGUUGUGCGCGGUGUCCAUGGACGAGCUGGCCUCGGCGCACCAGCCGAGGAUGUUCAGUCUGCAGAAGAUCGUGGAAAUAUCCUACUACAACAUGAACCGCAUCAGGCUGCAGUGGUCUCGAAUUUGGCAGGUUAUAGGAGAUCACUUCAACAAGGUGGGCUGUAACCCCAACGAGGAUGUUGCCAUCUUUGCUGUGGACUCACUGAGGCAACUUUCCAUGAAGUUCUUGGAGAAAGGAGAACUGGCCAACUUCCGCUUCCAGAAAGACUUUCUCAGGCCUUUUGAGCACAUCAUGAAAAAGAACAGGUCCCCCACCAUCAGAGACAUGGUGAUCAGGUGUGUGGCUCAGAUGGUGAACUCCCAGGCGGCCAACAUCCGUUCUGGUUGGAAGAACAUCUUCUCUGUGUUUCACCAGGCUGCUUCUGACCACGAUGAGACCAUAGUGGAGCUGGCUUUCCAAACGACCGGGUACAUCGUCUUGAACACCUUCCAGGAGCACUUUGCCGCUGCCAUCGAUUCUUUUCAGGAUGCUGUCAAGUGUUUGUCAGAGUUUGUGUGCAACGCAGCUUUUCCUGACACCAGCAUGGAGGCCAUCAGGCUCAUCCGACACUGUGCUAAAUACGUCUCCGAGAGGCCACAGGCCCUGAGGGAAUACACCAGUGACGACAUGAACGUUGCUCCCGGGGAUCGGGUCUGGGUCCGAGGCUGGUUUCCCAUCCUGUUUGAGCUCUCGUGCAUCAUCAACCGCUGCAAGCUAGACGUUCGAACCAGAGGUCUCACAGUCAUGUUCGAAAUCAUGAAAAGUUACGGCCGCACUUUUGAGAAGCACUGGUGGCACGACCUCUUCAGGAUAGUUUUCCGCAUCUUUGACAACAUGAAGCUUCCAGAACAGCAGACCGAGAAAACCGAGUGGAUGACGACGACGUGCAACCACGCUCUGUACGCCAUCUGUGACGUGUUUACACAGUUUUACGAGCCCCUCAGUGAAAUCCUGCUGGAAGAUAUUUUCACACAGCUGCAGUGGUGCGUCAAGCAAGAUAACGAACAGUUGGCUCGGUCGGGGACCAACUGCCUGGAGAACUUGGUGAUUCUGAACGGGGAGAAGUUCAGCCCAGAGGUCUGGGACGUCACCUGCUCCUGCAUGCUGCAGAUCUUCCAAAACACCAGCCCUCACGUCUUGUUGACUUGGCGACCGGCUGGACAGGAUGAGGAAGCUGGUGACAGCAAGCACUUUGACGCUGAUUUUGACAGUCAGUCCCAGAGCAGCUUUGACAGAGCUCUGUCUGAGAGAGGACACAGCCAAAUGUCCAGCGACGACACCUGGAGGGGCAAAUCCAAUGCUAGAGUUUCAGACCAGAGGCUGUUUGCGGGGCUCCUGAUUAAAUGUGUGGUGCAGCUUGAGCUCAUCCAGACGGUGGACAACAUCGUCUUCUUCCCCGCGACCAGCAAGAAGGAGGACGCUGACAACAUGGCUGCCGCACAGCGCGAUGCUCUGGAGGAGUCGGAGGCCGAGGGAGACGAGUCUGUGAAAGAUCAGGGCAUGUACCCCCACAUGACGUCAGCACACCUCUUCAAGCUGCUGGACUGUCUGCUGGAGUCGCACAACUUCGCCAAAGACUUCAACUCCAACAACGAACAGAGGACGGCUCUCUGGAGAGCAGGAUUUAAGGGCAAAUCUAAACCCAACUUGUUGAAGCAGGAAACCAGCAGUCUUGCCUGCAGCCUGAGGAUCCUGUUCAGGAUGUACUCUGACCCGAAGCUGCAGGACUCGUGGCCCGACAUUCAAACACGCCUGCUGCUAGUGUGUACCGAAGCUCUGAGCUACUUCAUCAGCCUGACCUCGGAGAGCCACCGAGAGGCUUGGAACAUGCUGCUGAUGCUGCUGCUCACCAGGACGCUUCGGCUGCCGGACGACAAGUUCAGGCCCCAUGCUUCCUGCUACUACCCCCACCUGUGCGAAAUGAUGCAGUUCGACUUGAUCCCGGAGCUGCGAGCCGUCCUCAGGCGCUUCUUCCUGCGCAUCGGCUCCGUCUUCCACAUCGCAGCUCCCGACGGAGGCCCCACCCGGACUCCCGUCUCCUAGUGGGCGUUGAAGCGGGGACAUGUGGACACGUAGAGGAUGAGAAGAUCCAACUUGGACUCGAUACUUGAGGAACUUUCCUCCCCUGUUACUGGAUCUGAUUACAGAAGGGGUUACGAAAAGACUGUAGCUGUUUUUGUCUCUGUUCAGGACUCUGCGUUACUCUCCCUCCUCUCCGUUUGUUUUUUCAUCGCUGGGAUGAACAGCACUG